GUGAGAUCUUCCUCUUCUGUAUAUAAUAGCUAGCGACGAUAAUAUUAUCCAGAGUCACCAAGAUUAGAUCGCAUAACAACCAAUCCGUUCACUAGACACUAAAAAAGGCUCAGGCUCAGCCUUAGCCAAUGGAUUCAAGGUCCAACCACCAUGAUGGGCUGACCCAACCCAUUCUCUCCGAUCACCGGAACUCACAGGUGGCUUCGGAGCCGAAAGGGGAAGUGGUGAGCUCGGAGCUGGAGCAGAUACUAUCGGACACCAGUUUAACCUCUUUCCAGCGAUACAAAAAGGCGUUGUCUCUUGAACUUGUUAGCUUAUUCUGGCUAGCAGCUCCAACUAUCGUUGUGUACUUGCUGAACAACUUGACGUCGAUCUCCACCCAAAUCUUCAGCGGCCACCUUGGUAACCUUCAGCUCGCAGCCGCCACUCUUGGCAACAAUGGUGUUCAAAUCUUCGCCUUUGGUCUUCUGCUUGGAAUGGGGAGCGCAGUGGAGACUCUAUGUGGUCAAGCAUAUGGAGCUAAGCAUUACGGAAUGCUCGGUGUUUACCUUCAAAGAUCCACCAUUCUUCUAAUGCUGACAGCGAUACCUCUUAUGUUUAUCUACAUUUUCUCCAAACCCAUUCUCCUCUUACUCGGCCAAUCAAAAGAAAUCGCCUCCGCAGCUUCCCUAUUCAUCUUCGGACUCAUCCCGCAGAUCUUCGCCUACGCAGCCAACUUCCCAAUCCAAAAAUUCCUUCAAUCCCAAAGCAUCGUCUUCCCCAGCGCCUACAUCGCCGCCGGGAUCUUCGUCGUUCACCUUCCAUUGUCCUAUCUUGUGAUGUACGUCUUGGAUUGGGGGCUACUGGGUGGCGCGUUGGUUUUGAGUUUUUCAUGGUGGGUGAUUGUAUUGGCGCAGUUUGUGUAUAUCCUCAAGAGUGAUCGAACUAAGGAGACGUGGACUGGGUUUAGCGCGGAGGCGUUUUCUGGGCUUUGGUCGUUCUUUAAGCUAUCGGCAGCCUCCGCAGUGAUGUUGUGUCUGGAGACAUGGUAUUUUCAGAUUCUUAUUUUGGUCGCUGGUUUGCUUCCGAAUCCGGAGAUAGCAUUAGAUGCGUUGGCUGUUUGUUCAACGAUUCUUGGAUGGGUUUUCAUGAUUUCAGUUGGGUUCAAUGCCGCUGCAAGUGUGAGAGUUAGCAACGAGCUAGGAGCAGGACAUGCGAAAUCGACAUCAUUUGCAGUUAUAGUUGUGACAUCGAUGUCGUUCAUUGUGGCUUGCAUAUGUGAAGCUGUUUCGGAGCUUACUCCUCUACUUGUAUUUUCAAUCCUCCUGAAUGGCAUUCAGCCUGUUCUUUCAGGGGUCGCGGUUGGAUGUGGAUGGCAAUCGUUUGUUGCAUAUGUGAACAUUGGAUGCUAUUAUAUGGUUGGAGUUCCCCUUGGUGUUUUGUUGGCCUUCUACUUUGACUUUGGUGCUAAGGGAAUAUGGUCGGGGCUAGUAGGGGGUAUGUUGAUGCAGACGAUGAUUUUGUGUUGGGUUACUUUCCGAGCAGAUUGGAACAAAGAGGUAAAAAUAGCAAAUAUGAGGGUAACGCAAUGGAAACAACAGAAAGAAGACCUUUUGCUAAACAAUUAAGAACUUUUUGUUUUUUCGUUUUAUUGUUUUUUAUUUAGAUUUUAAUUUCUUUAGAGCAACACAAGGUUUUACACUUGUUUGCGACUUAUUUGAAGUUGAUUGUAAUGAAUAACUAUUAUUAGCCUUUGAUCAUUAUAUUAAUUAAUUAGAAAGUUUUGCCUUUAUGAACAAUAUAUUUUUCCAUUUAAGGAGUUUUAUCACAAAAGUUUUUA